CAUGUCUGUCCCUCAUCCCCUCAAAGCAUGAUCUACUUCUUGUAUCUCUCGAACCCAUUUUCCAUUGAAAUUAAUUGAGUACAAUGGAGCUUAAAAAUCUGAUUUCAUCUUUCUUCCUCCUCUUCCUACUCGUUGGAAUAUCCAGUACUACCGCUGCAUCCACUGGGAAAAUCAAAGUUCGCCGCCCUUGUAAAAGGUUGGUGUUCUAUUUCCAUGACAUUAUUUAUAAUGGAAAGAACUCGAAGAAUGCAACUUCAGCCAUUGUAGGUGCACCAGCCUGGGGGAACAGAACCAUAAUGGCGGGACAAAGCCAUUUUGGUGACUUGGUUGUGUUUGAUGACCCAAUUACCUUAGACAACAAUCUGCACUCAACCCCAGUUGGUCGUGCCCAAGGGUUUUAUCUUUAUGACCAAAAGGACAUUUUCACUGCCUGGCUUGGCUUCUCCUUUGUUUUCAACUCUACGCAGCACAAGGGGAGCAUAAACUUUGCUGGGGCUGAUCCUCUGAUGAACAAGACUAGGGAUAUAUCUGUGGUUGGUGGCACCGGUGACUUCUUCAUGGCUAGAGGUAUAGCCACUUUGAUGACUGAUGCCUUUGAGGGAGAAGUUUAUUUCCGUCUUCGUGUUGACAUUAAACUGUACGAGUGUUGGUGACUGUUGAUGACGGAUUUUGAUAACGGUCAUUAGCUAAUGGUCGUUCUUUUCUUUUCUUUUUUAUUAAAUCUGGAAUAAUCCUUGAGAACUCAAUGGAGAAGAGUUUCAUCAUCAGUAUUCAGGAAGGAAUAAUUGUAUCCAAUCCAAGCUCCUUCAUUUUUUUUCCUGUCUUUUCGCUCUCUUUUUAUGAGCACGGCCAAUGCUAUGUUGUAAUUCCUUGAAGUUUGAUCAGAACGAUGCGCGUUUGAAUA